AUGGACCCGUUUCCAGAACUGCAGCUGGGCAAUCCGCAGGGAGUGCCGACGGGGGACGAGUCGGCCCAGGCCCAGCAGCAUCAUCAGCAGGCACCGCAGCCGCCUCCGCCGGCAGCGCCACUUCCCGAAGACGUCCAGCCUGACUCGCUCAGUUCAACGCCCCUGCCGAGCUUCCAAGAGACUUACACGGCUCAACGGUACACCAGGCAGGAGCUUCAGGUUCUUGGCAUCAAAAUGGACGAGGGGGAGUGUUACGACAACUCGGUGUAUCCGUGCGCGACCGGCCCCUAUCCGACCGAGUUCUCGCCCACGUUGCCCUACCACGAGCAACAGCCCCAGCAACAGCACCACCAUCAUCCCCAGCAGCAGCAGCCCGCGCCGCCCCCGCCGCAGCAGCACCACCAUCAUCAGGGUUACUUCGCGACCGAGACGGCCCCGACCCCGACCACGGCUGUCCCCUCGCCGGCCAACCAUCGCCAAGACUCGCCGUACGGCGCGGCGGUCAGCGUCCCUAUGGUGUACGGCCCGCCGCCGAGCAUCGCGGCCGGCGCUACCCCCGUCGCACCGACCGACAUUUACCCUGCCGUUGACAACGUGGUCGUGGGGACGACUCGUUCACGGAGGGCGUCUCUGCCCACGCAGAGGUCCGAGUCUGCGAGUAGCGGGAGCACGGAAUCCCCGAAGGCGCGCGGCGGCAGCGGCGGGACAGGGAGCUCCGUCAGCUCCCCAUCGCCUGGGAGCGGAACCGGGAACGAGCGAGCACCGCCGAGCCCCAGCCAACUUUGCGCCGUGUGCGGCGACACGGCAGCGUGUCAACACUACGGCGUUCGUACCUGCGAGGGUUGCAAAGGAUUCUUCAAGAGGACCGUGCAAAAGGGGUCGAAAUACGUGUGCCUGGCCGAGAAAGCUUGCCCCGUUGACAAACGCCGGCGGAAUCGUUGCCAAUUUUGUCGCUUCCAGAAGUGCUUGAUGGUCGGGAUGGUGAAGGAAGUGGUGAGGACGGAUUCCUUGAAAGGUCGCCGAGGUAGAUUACCAUCGAAGCCAAAAUCCCCGCAAGAAUCACCACCGAGCUCCCCCGUCUCCCUGAUCACAGCUUUGGUCCGCGCGCACUUGGACACGACACCCGAUCAAGCAAGCUUGGAUUACUCGCAAUACCGGCAACCAAGCCCUGGCGAUCCACCCAUCACAGAGGCAGAAAAGACGCAACAAUUCUACAAUCUUCUUACCACGUCCAUCGAUGUGAUUCGAACGUUUGCCGAUAAAAUCCCCGGCUUCACGGACUUGGUGCGGGAAGAUCAGGAGUUACUUUUCCAGUCGGCCAGUCUGGAACUGUUCGUUCUUCGAUUGGCGUACCGUACGAAACCUGAGGACACCAAGCUGACGUUCUGCAACGGCGUGGUGCUGGCAUUGGAACAGUGUCAGCGUAGCUUCGGCGAUUGGCUCCACAGUAUUCUCGAAUUCAGCAAAGCUCUUCACAUUCUCGACGUAGACGCUAGCGCUUUCGCUUGCCUCUGCGCUCUUACCCUCGUUACUGCAAGGUACGGCCUGAAGGAGCCUCAUCGCAUGGAGCAGCUACAGUCGAAAAUAAUCUCGUCUCUUCGCGAUCACGUCACCUAUAACGCCGAGGCGCAGAGGAAAGCGCACUACCUGUCCCGUUUGUUAGGUAAACUGCCGGAACUGAGGAGUCUGUCGGUGCAGGGGCUCCAGCGUAUCUUUUACCUAAAACUGGAGGAUCUGGUCCCAGCGCCGCCCAUGAUCGAGACCAUGUUCGUCGGUAGUCUACCGUUUUAAUCGCCUUUCAAUGCGAGCCAAGCCCUGCGCCAAGGCUGCGCUCUACUCGCCGCGUAGAACAAUUUCAUCAUUUGAGAUCUUGUGCGGUUGCGUUACUACUCCGAUUUAAGUUUCCUUUAAGUUUUCUCUCUUACACGUCCACGUAGGUUCUACCAUCUUCUUCUUGCGUGUAUACCCUUUAUAUGGUUUUUCGCACGAGUGAAUCGACGCGUGAUACACCGCGUGAGAAUAGUCGCCUUAAGGGGGUACAAACACGAAUCUCGAGAGAGAGAGAGAGAGAGAGAGAGAGAGAGAGAGAGAGAGAGAGCGAAUGAGAAGUCUAAGAGGUCCUGUUUCUCUCGAGGCUCACGUUCUGGAUGUUUUAGCGAGAUAUAUAACGACGCGUGUGGCGCGAUCGAGCAUCGCGCCGCAGGUGGACGCAUUGGGGUGGAUGCACGCGCGAAUGGAUGACGAGCCGGAAGACGUUGGUUUGUCGCUAAAUUUAAGACAAAGUUCCCUGUGCGUGUAUGGAUGAGAGACGGGUGGAUGGAACGGGGCGCGUGUCUUCGUGAUGUGUCAGCGGGCAGACUGUGACUACCCGCCCUGACAACUGUUACUAUUGUUACUAUUAUUAUUAUUAUUAUUAUUAUUAUUAUUAUUAUUAUUAUUAUUAUUAUUACCGCUAUUACUAUUUUAACAGUGUAACGAUGUAAUAACUAUUCUAUCUGCUAUCGAAAGUAUCGACGCCCGACGACCGAUUGAAGGUGGAACCCGGUUUCUCGGGGCGGAUUCUCGGGGCGGAGGAGGAGGGAGGGGGAGAAAGAGGGCUUCUCUCCGGUGGAGGAAGCAGCGGCAGCUUGAAACGAACGUUCCAAGGAUUUCCCCUUUCGCGAGAGAGAGAGACAGGAGAGAGAGAGAGAGAGAAACGAGCGUGUUUCGUUAUGCCUUCCCACAAGGCGUCGUACGAUACGAAGGAUGAUUAAAAUCACGACUAGGUGGUGAUCCUAGCCGACUGGUAAUAUUAAGUGCUACGCAAAAUGAUGCACAAAAGGAAGAAAAGAAAGAAAGAAGGAAGGAAGGAAGGAAGGAAGGAAGGAAGGAAAGAAAGAAAGAAAAAAAAAUAUAACGACGAUAUAUACCAUUACACGUUAUACACGUACAUUAUACGUACAUUAUCGUACACAUGAAUUUUUAUCACUUUUCUACCUACUUUGUAUAAGUCGCUACAUCAACGAACAAAAAAAAAAAAAAGGAAAAACUACGUUUCUUUCUACGCUCGUGCCGCAACGAUCGUCCUCGAGGAUCCGCUCGAUCGGGAUUAAUUUCUCUUCUUUCAGAACGGAAACCGUUCAUCGCUUAAUCCACUCACUCACUCACUUAUUGUCGUGGAAGAGAAGGAAGAGAGGUGCAUUGACGAUUCGCAACAUAUCAAGAGCAACGACGGAAGAGCGGAGACGAGAUGCCACGAAUUACUACUUACGUGCUAAAUUGAUAUUCCUCCAUUCGUCCUUCGUCCCUUCCACCCUCCCCCUCCCUCCACCACCCUCUUCGUGUCAAUCAAAAUUUCGCUCUUCCGUGUUGACAGUUUAGAUAUACGUAGGUCGUGACUGUGAUCACACUCGAACGUAGCGAUGAUGCUAAAAAAAAAAAAAAAAGAAAGUAGAAGAAGAAAAAAAAACAAAAAAAAAAAAAAAAGAAGGGAAAAGGAAACAAAAAAAUUCUCACUUAGAAUCUCCGCUAUCUUUCCCCCAUCUUCCUCCUUCCCUCCCUCCCUCCAUCCCUCCCGAUUCUCUGUAUUCAUUCGUGACUCGUAUCCUUCGGCUUACUAGCUUCAUCGAUCCGAGGCCAAUAGGUGCUCCCUAGCUUCCCUUCCUCUUGACCCUCGAUCGCAUGGAAUUUAGUAUCAUUGGAAACGUGUGAGUGUCUUCCAAGUCACGUGGUCGGGACCCGUUUUCGGUCCGAACAAUUACCACACUAUGAUUCUUGCGUUAAUGUGAUUUUUUUUUAGACAGCUAAGGGAGAAGAAGAAUGAGGUAGGGCCCGAAUCGAGGCCGGCUCGGCUGCUCGAUCCGCGUCCAAAAUACGAAAGCGAUCGAGGAGGGAGGAGGUUAUCGAAAAAUAAGCGGAAUUUCGUCGAUUUUUUUCUCCUGAUCCACCGACCGAUCGGCAGUUACGGCUUCGUUACGGGCCCGGCAUAAAGUUACCUAUUACGUUAUGACAUUUAUUUUUAAUCAAACUAACGUAGAAAAUCCUAUUUAUACGUAUACCGCGCCGCUAUUAUUACUACUUAUAUUAUUACUUGCUACUUAAUUACUUAAUAUUAAUUAACUACUACUUACCGCUAGCGUUACGAUCUUAUAGCGUUAUUGUCGCUACUACCGCUGUUACCAUCCGCUACCUUUUUACUACCACCUUUGUGUUACCAUUAAUUAUUGCUAAAUGCGUAAGAAACAUGAUCGACGUUCAAAGCACACUUCUUCGCCGCUGCAAUAUAUUCGUCAAGAAAGAAGAUAUAUAUACGUGUGUGUGUGUAUAUGCAUAUGUAUACACGUACGUAUAUAUUCUUUGGAUAUAUUAUAGAGAGAGAGAAAAAAAAAAUUAUCAAUAGUGGAACGGAUUGCACCGACUCGCGACUCCAAGCGAGGGGAUGGAACAGAUGGAAGGAUUCACGAUGAUACCAUCUCGAGGAAUAUGUCGAGGAUCGACGAAUAUGUCGAGGAAUCGUUGGGUUGACGCAAUCUUUCCAUCACGGGCACUCUAUAUGAAUGGCAACCCUAACUAUUGUUCGGCAAUAAUACUUUCCUCUUUUAUGUGUAUACCACUUAACGUCAACGUUAAAAAGUACAGCCCAAAAAAAGUAAACCGAGAUAAACAGCGUUUACUUAUCACACGAUCGCAUAUACAAAUCUCUUAGUGCACCUAAUUUCAGAAAGGCACAAAAUCCACGUGGCGUGAAAUCUUCGCCAUUCGUGAAAUCUUUUAACUUAUCGAGAGGCAGAAAACACGUUAACACGAUACAUAAUUAAAUGUGCACAAUAGAAUAUAAAAUAAUUGUAUGUGUAUAUGUUAUACUCGCCGUGUGUAUCCGCAAAUGUUCAAUGCUUCGUUCAAUGCAAGGAAAUAGAGGAUUCGAUUCAUUCUCGAUUUUCCUCGUUCGAUUUCUGCGCAAUCAUAGUUCCUUCUAAAAAUCGAGCUUCGUCUUUUUUCUCUUUUUUUUCUAUUCCUUUUCUUUCUUUUUCUUCUUCUUCUUCUUCUACUUCUUCUUCUUCUUCUUCUUCUUCUUUUUUUUCCCCCCUCCUCUCUCAACAUCUCAUUUUUCGAUCCAUUGUUUAUUCGGUUACCGGUCCUUGCGUAAGAGUUAUCGAUCCCUAGUAGCCAUGCAAGAGCUUCCGUAUAACGAUCUCUCUCGUUACGGAAGAGAAGUACACGGAGAAAGGAGUGAUUCAACGUUCAAGCUCAACGUUGAAUCGGAUGAGUAAUUGAAAUUUUCAAGUGAACGCUCGCGACCGGUAGCGAUUUAACCACGCUUUUCUCCGUGUAAAAACUGCGCUUCGUGUUGGCCACGCGUGUGCGAAAACGUUUGCGGAUGGAUACGAUCGCAGAUGUACGGUGAAACGGAAGAACAAUAUAAUGCCCGGCAAGAAAGCAAGGUACAAGUAAUCCGAAUUACGGGGACAAUCUCGUUGUUCCCGUUUCGAAAAAAUUAGGAUAACGCGAUAGGAAGCGGACGAUCCGUCGAUUUUUAUUUUUUUUUUUUAAAUCUCGUCAAUUGGAUUAACACGAUUGAUGCAUCCUUUCCGAGGAAGCAUUAUCGAUACUUUUGAUCCACACACACAUACACACACACACCUUUCGGAUUACACGCCGUAAGGGGAAAAAAGAAUAAUCGUGCGUUUCCUUCGCGUAUAUGCGUAUAGCGUAUACGCAUCGAGUCCAGAAGAGAUUUAGAGGCUGAAAAGGAAUUUCGUCAAAUUAAAAAAAAAAAACGGUGCUAUUAGGCUAAUUGUGAUUAACGAACGCUUAAUGAAUAAUUCGAGAGUACUUAAGUUUCUUAUCUCGUUGCAUGCAGGCAACGGGGGAAGAAGAAUAUUUUUGUUCCUAUUACUUAAGAAAAUUAAACGACAAGCAUCGCGACAAGUUUCCAAUCCCCUAUUGGAGCGGAAACGAUUUAUCUCGUGAUUGACGUUUUCUCCGAUUACGAAUCCAUCAGAUCUUUCCUGGACUCAACGCUGAUCGGCGUUGCAUUGUUUCUUUUUUUUUCUUUUUUUUUUUUUCUUUUUUUUCUUUUUUUUUUUUACGUGUAAUUCGCGCGCGCCUUCCCCCGCGAUCGCGAGGGGAGGUGAUUAAAAAUAGAGCAAGAAGAAAUUCAAGGAAAUGAUCAAGCAAUCCUAGAUUUAAUGAAAGAAAAGGGGGGCAAGAGAAAAGCGAGGAGGGUGAUACACGAACGAAACAGGAUGAAAUAAUAAAAAGAAAAAAAAAAACAAAAAAAAAAGAAAAAAGAACAAGGGAAUCUCGGAUCGUUCGAACGUAGAAAUAUCUCGAAUGAAGAAACGAGGUCGUAGUAUUGUUGUUACUUAAUUAAUUGUCAUCGCUGUAAAACGAAAAAAAAAAAAAAGGCCAAUUCCAUUAGGUGUAUUUUAUCCUCUUCCCUCGAUGUAAUAAUAAAUGUUCAAUCAACGGA